AUGCCAGAAAGGCCUUCAAGUCAAACGAAAACGAGAUCGGGGUCCAGAUCAAACUCGAGCAGCGGCAGGAGAUCUUCGCUGCCGCGUGUGAAGUCGUCACCAAGACUAGUUCGCACUAUAAGUACCGAUAACGACAGUAUAUCGCAUGGGAUGGGUCAUUUGAGCUUGGACGCAGGGCCACAUGAGUCUAUCGAGGUGCCGUUUGUCAAGGGAACGCUCAAUGCCAGUCUGCCUUAUGAGUACCUGCGCGCAGAUGUGUUGAACCUGGCACAGGCACUCAGGGUCCACAAAUGGUACAAUAAGAAGGGGAAUGCCACCCAUUUGACGCCAUCUCACGUAACGCUGACCAAGAUCACAGGCGCUCUGACCAAUGCCAUUUUUAAAGUAGAGUAUUCCAAUUUACCCUCGCUAUUGCUGAGAGUCUAUGGCCCUCAGGUUGACAGCAUCAUCGAUAGGGAGUACGAGCUGCAGGUUCUGGCGCGUCUCUCGUCGCACAAAAUUGGUCCUAAACUAUACGGCUGUUUCACUAACGGACGGUUCGAACAAUUUUUGGAAAACUCCACAACAUUGACGAAGAAUGAUAUUAGAGACUGGAGAACCUCGCAAAGAAUCGCACGUAGAAUGAAGGAGCUGCACUCCGGUGUCCCGCUUUUAUCGUUCGAGAUAGCCCAGGGUCCAAGCGCUUGGUUGAGAUUGGACAAGUGGGAGAAAGUUAUCAGUAAUUCAGACUGGUCCAAUGACGACGCUAACAUUCACGCCGUGUUGAUGUGCGAAAACUGGGAAUUUUUCUUGGAGGCAGUAGCAAGAUACCGCAAUUGGCUAAAGGACUCCUACAAAGAUUUACAUCACGGCUUGGUUUUCUGUCACAAUGAUGCACAGUACGGUAACUUGCUCUUUACAUCCCCAGUGGCUCCACCUGCCCCCACUCCGAUCUCUUCAGCAGCAUCGGUGGAAACCACAGACUCUUUAUUUCCAACAGCAUCCAAUGUCUCUCUCGAGCAAAUUAUCAAACCUUCUGCGCAGGAACAAAUGCAAGAUUCCAAACUAGUUGUAAUUGAUUUCGAAUAUUCAGGAGCGAAUAGGCCCGCGUUUGACUUGGCCAAUCAUUUCAGUGAGUGGAUGUGCGACUACAACUGUGCCGAAGCCUACAAAUCGGACGAAACGCGCUAUCCAAGCAAAGAGGAGCUUCUAAAUUUCAUGUACUCAUACGCUUCGCACAAAAGGGGAUCUCAGAAGAAAAGUAUUGACGAGGAGGUAAAAGAGCUUUACAACGAUGUCAUAAGACAGCGCGCCUGCGUUUCACUACAUUGGGCAACAUGGGCAAUUAUACAAAGUGGAGAGUUAGACCAUGCGAAGAAGGAAAAGAUAAUCGAAAAAGGACCGGGUGGUGAAAAAUACGUCAUUACUAUAGAUGAUGAAGAUGAUGAAGAAGCUAUUUUAGAUUCGGAGGAAAACGUUGAUGGUGUCGAUAUCGAUACUUUUGAUAACUUGAAUUUUGCCAAGGAUAAGAUGGCAGUGUUUUGGGGUGACAUGUUACAAUUAGGCCUCAUAAAGACGGAAGAACUUCCCAAAUCUGUUAGCAUAAAGUAUCUGGAUACUAAAUUCAUAUAA